GGGCCGCGGCGGCGUCGCGGUGAGCGGUUGUGGGGCCCAGUUCAACGGCGGAGCUGCCCCGCUCUCGGCCCCGCUCCCCGGACAGGGGCCAGCUACAGCACAAAAGUCAAAUGCUGUUUGAAAGUUGAAGAAAUGAGCACACUGUUAUCCUCUCAUCUCACGCUGAACUGGGUGUCUCUGUAUUUUCUACGACUGAAAUGACUUAUUAAACCUGGAGGCUUCUGCACAAGCAAAACCAGAAAUACCCAGUAUGGCCUCAUCAUCAACACCUAAAUAUAAUUCAAACUCCUUGGAGAGUUCCUCAAGUAAAAGGAAUCUAAAAGAUGGAACUAACUGGGAACAAAAUGAAGAAAUACCUCGUCUGCCAGGAGAGACUAGAGUUACAGACAAGGAAGUUAUUUAUAUGUGUCCAUUUAAUGGCCCUGUUAAAGGAAGAGUGUACAUCACAAAUUACAGGCUGUACCUAAGAAGUGUGGAAAAUGAUCCAGUUGUAGUGUUGAAUGUUCCAUUGGGCGUAAUUUCAAGGAUUGAAAAAAUGGGAGGGGCUUCCAGCAGAGGAGAGAACUCUUAUGGAUUAGAUAUAACCUGUAAAGACAUGAGAAAUUUACGGUUUGCAUUAAAACAAGAAGGGCACAGUAGAAGAGAUAUAUUCGAAGUCCUCACAAAAUAUGCUUUUCCCCAGUCACAUAACUUGCUUUUUUUUGCAUUUGUGAAUGAAGAAAAGUUUUCUGAAAAUGGAUGGAUGGUGUACAGGCCGAUGUCUGAAUACAGGAGACAGGGACUGCCUAAUGAUCGGUGGCGAGUAAGUUUUAUUAAUGAACAUUAUGGGCUGUGUGACACAUAUCCAUCACUCUUGGUAGUGCCAUAUAAUGCAACAGAUGAUGAUCUCAAGAAAGUUGCUGCCUUUAGGUCUCGAAAUAGAAUCCCGGUUCUGUCAUGGAUUCAUCCAGAGACUCAAGCUGUUAUUAUGCGCUGCAGUCAACCCCUUGUUGGAAUGAGUGGCAAGCGGAAUAAAGAUGAUGAAAGAUACCUUGAUAUCAUCAGGGAGGCCAAUGGGCAAAUCUCAAAACUGACCAUCUAUGAUGCUAGGCCCAAUGUCAAUGCUGUUGCAAACAAGGCAACUGGGGGAGGAUAUGAAAGUGAAGAUGCAUAUCCCAAUGCAGAACUUUUCUUCUUGGACAUUCAUAAUAUUCAUGUCAUGCGGGAAUCUUUGAAGAAGUUGAAGGACAUUGUUUAUCCUAAUGUGGAAGAAUCACACUGGUUGUCAAGUCUGGAAUCAACCCAUUGGUUAGAACAUAUAAAGCUUGUCUUGACAGGAGCUAUUCAAGUGGCAGACAAGGUAUCCUCAGGAAGGAGCUCUGUAUUGGUUCACUGCAGCGAUGGCUGGGACCGGACAGCCCAGCUAACAUCACUGGCCAUGCUGAUGCUCGACAGCUACUACAGAACUAUUGAAGGCUUUGAAGUCCUGGUGCAGAAAGAGUGGAUAAGCUUUGGACACAAAUUUGCAUCGAGAAUAGGCCAUGGUGACAAAAAUCAUGCUGAUGCAGACAGAUCGCCCAUCUUUCUCCAGUUCAUUGAUUGUGUGUGGCAGGUGUCCAAGCAGUUUCCUACAGCCUUUGAAUUCAAUGAGCAGUUCUUGAUUGCAAUCCUGGAUCACUUGUACAGCUGCCGGUUUGGUACUUUCUUGUAUAACAGUGAGUCUUCUAGAGAAAAAGAGAAAGUGGCUGAGAAAACCUUGUCAUUAUGGUCUUUGAUAAACAGUGAAAAAUCUAAGUACACCAAUCCUUUCUAUACUAAAGAGCUAAAUCGAGCGCUCUAUCCGGUAGCCAGUAUGCGUCACUUAGAGCUCUGGGUCAAUUACUACAUCAGGUGGAACCCAAGAAUUCGGCAACAACAGCCAAAUCCAAUGGAGCAGCGAUACAUGGAGCUUCUUGCGUUACGUGAUGAUUAUAUAAGGAGACUUGAAGAACUACAGAUCACAAAUAAUUCCAAGAUAUCCAAUUCAUCAGCCUCAUCGUCAUCUCCCUCACAAAUGGUGUCCCAAGUACAAACACAUUUUUGAAGGAAAUGUUGGCUUCUUCCUGUGCUGUCCUAGCAAGCGGUGCUUAACGUAGAUUUAUAGCAUAAAGAGGAAGAUUUUAAUGCCUUACAUUAGACUCUCCUAACAAAGUAUUUUAGGCUGUCUUCACUUGAGGACAACUUCAAAGCAAACAAAACCAACUUCAGUUAUGUGCCUUUCAGAACCAGUGGACUGGGAACAUUAUUAAUCAGCUUCUAGUUACGGAAGGCUUCAAGAAUUAUUUUGGAACAUGGUGCAAUUGAAGUGAAUUUGGUUUCAUUAAGAAUGCUUUAAUUUAUUACACUGUAGGUCAUCUAAGGAAAUUCAUGCUCAGUGUUGCAUCUCAUGAGUAAACCACUAAUGGCAAUAGGAAUAUCCACAUUAGGUAAAAUUAGGUAUUGUGUAUUCCUUUUAGGAAUACCUUUGUGGAGUUCAUGAGAGAAAAAAAAUUCUAUUGUAAGAUU